AUGGACAAUGGGGUUAACCCAUAUAUGGGGGUUCAGGGCUAUAGAGCCGGGACCCGGAAUCCCACAUGGAGGGAGCUCGUAGGGGAAGUGGCGUUCCAGCUGGACAGGAGGAUCCUGGCAAGUGUGUUCCCGGAUCACGAGAGGCUCUAUGGGUAUACAGUGAACAACAUACCUGAGAGGAUCAUGGCGCUGGCUCUGGAGGCCGCCCCGGGCAGCCCGUCGGAGCGCCGGAGCCUGGGUGCUGUGCAGCGGUACCUGAGUGUGAUGCGGCGGCUGCAGAGCCGCGGGUACCGGCGCUCGGUGCACCCGGCGCUGAGCGAGGCUCUGGUCAACACCUGCGGGGUCCUGGCCUCACCCGGAGGCCGCGGCCUCAACCUCAACCUCAGCCCCGGCUGCCUGCGCCGGGCCCUGGCCGAGACCCUGCCGGGGGCGGCGCUGGCGGAUGCGCUGGUGCUGCUGGAGUGUCUGGAGGAGAUGGCCAGAGAGGAUGGACACCCCUUGUUCUGCUGGUGA